AUUGCCUCCACCAGGCAUUUUUCUUUAACACGCAUUCUAACCAAAGAAAUGAUGUAAUCGAUCCUAAAAUGAGUCAUUUCCCCGACAAUUUCUCGUCUUUCGCUUAUUUUAUGUACCGUGGAAACUAGCCAUCCUGUCUUUCGUCCGAAGUCCGCUCGUGCUCUGCAUUCAUUGACGAACUUCAAACAUUGACUGACCAAAUACGAUAUUAAAAUCAUCCUUUUGCUUAUUCGAUGGAGGUGUGAUAAUCAGACUUUAACCCGCUUCGCUGUAGACUCCCAACAACUGGUCAAAGGUUUCCAAAGGAUAGAAUCACGACUAACGUCGAUCCACCAUUGUUAGUAUUGCCGAGAUUGCUUCGGACUUUCAAUUUUGUGAAGUGGCGUGUCUGGUGUUAGAACGUCAACCUAGUCAUCUGUACUAUCAAAACCCUUUCCAAUGAUGUCGAAUCUUCUUUUCUUGUAUGGAACCAUCAAAUCAGGUCAGCCCAAUCAUUCGUCUGUUCCAGUAGAUGGUCCUGGACUAUGUAAAUGUCUCGGCACUGGACAGACAGAAACAAAAUGGCCGCUGGUGAUCGCAACAAAAUACAACAUUCCCUUUCUCCUGGACUGUGAAGGGGAAGGAUAUAACGUCCAAGGUGAGGUGUACGAGAUAGAUAACGAUAUCCUUGCUGACAUCGACGAAAAGGAAGGCUACCCAGAUCACUACGAUCGUCGGAAGGUCAAGAUCAUCAUGGACAAAAUGGCGGAUGGCUCCGAGCGGACGACCUUGGAAUGCUGGUUCUACCUGUUACCAAGAUUCAGGCAAUCCCUACUUGCACUUGAAAAGCACGAGAGUUACGACAGCUAUGGCGCCCACGGCAAACAAUACAUCCAGAUGUAUGAUCAUAAGAACAAUGAAUGGCUAGAAACCAUGGAGACAGUACAUAAAGAGAUUGCCUUAUUACAAGAGAGAGAUGAAGUGCACGCCUGAUUACAAUUUUCUCACUGUUGAGACAAUGUUUGUAGAUUAUUUUUUUAUUUCCUUUCGAACCGUAAUUACAUUUAUUCAGUUUAUUAUAUAAGUGUUCUCUAGAAAUGUAAUAUUUUUAUAUGCCUUCCAUCAUGGUGGUAUGCUAUAACUAUUAAUAUUGAUAAUAAUACCAGCUUAAUAGCUUAUUUAUUAUAGCGCUCAACAUUUCGGCCUACUUCUGACACCCGAAGUAGGCCAUCACGAAAUGUUAACAACCCAUCAUUCACAUACAAUCAUUUUAUCGCAUUUCGUGUAAAAUUAGAAGGUAUAUGGGCAUCAAAUAUUGAAUGUUUCCUCCCGUACAUCACUGGAUGAUUUUAAAUAGGUCCAACUACAUUAUCAAAAGAGAAGAAGAACAUGAAUGGAGAAUACUCUUAAAUGUCACGGUGGCCUACAGUUGUAAAUUCAAAUGAUUUGCAAGAGUACUUAUUUCGAGCAAUAAUGUUGAAGUGGAAAAGCGAUAAUUGCCUUUAGUAGUUAAUUGUCACAAUGAAAUAUGACAUGAGCUAAUUUUAGGAAGUAAGAGUCAUUACAAGACUUAUUAAAGAGCAAAACUGAACAUCGUACAGACAUUCUUUAGCAUACUAAAAGUUGCUUUGAUACGGU